AUGAAAUUCAGGAACCAGAGCCAGCACCAUGACCGAGACGAGAAGGAUUACAACCAUGCCACCGACAAGCAGUACGAGAUCCUACGAAAGAAGGCCGACCAAGCCUAUCAGCAGAAACAGCACUUCUCGAGCGAGUCGCAGCGCGCGUACAAGCAGGGAGACGGCGCUGCGGCAAAGAAGUUCUCGACGCAGGCUCAAAGGUACGCCCAGGAGGCCGAAAACUAUAACCGUCAGGCCGCAGAGUACGUUUUCAGGGAGAACAACCUGGACUCCGACUGCAACGACAUCGACCUGCACGGUCUGUACGUGAGAGAGGCCCAGUAUAUUCUCAAGCAGCGCAUCAUCAACGGUAUCAGCAGGAACGAGCACCAUCUGGAGUGCAUUGUUGGCAAGGGGCUGCACUCGAAAAACGGCAUUGCCAAGCUGAAGCCUGCCGUGGAGCAGCUUUGCAACGAGGCCGGCCUGAAAAGCUACAUUAAUCCGAAAAACACUGGUGUUCUGAUUAUUGAGCUUGCUGGCGCACGGAUCCAUGCCUCAUGGAGCGACAUCAAUCCGAACGGCAUCGGCGCCAUGAAUGAGCACCAGAACGUUCCGGACGACGACCACGUCCAGUUGCAAGGUGGACAGCCGCACCAGCAGCAACCGCAGUAUCAACAGCAACCGCAGUAUCAACAACCGCACCAGCAGCAAAAUGCCCAUCAGCAGUCCAUGUUCGAGCAGCUCAACACUCCGCAGAACCAGAAAAUUGCUGUCCAAAUCUUCAAAGCUAUAUGCUCUUGUAUCAAAUAA